AAUUAGCCAUCCAGAAACAAAUAGGAGAGGACCGAGGAAAGGGAAUGGAGAGAGUGAAAUGGGGAAUCCUUCCUCAUUCUCCUUCAGUUUCGUAGUCCUCCUCUCCGUCUCCCUCACAGCUUCAUCACCGUCCGCCAAAUUCUUCCUCAAGUCUCCGUCUCCGUCGCGGCCGUCGAUUCCCAAGGCGACGCCGUGCGAUUUGCUCUCCGUCCUAGGCUCCGCUAAUCAAUCCUCCACAGUCAACCCCCUGGUCUCCCGGGAGCUCACGUCUUGCCUAAAGUUCCUCGUCCCCUUCGCUCCCGCUGCUCUUGAAUGUCCGGAAUCUUCUCUGGCAAGGCGGAGAUUGCGUUCGGAACGGCUCAACCUCCGCCGCCGAAACCGUGGAGAAGAGAACCAGCUCCUCUGGUGGCCCCCUGAGCCGGUUCUCGAGCUCGCUCGCCUUGCCGUUGACUCCGGCGGCGAUCCUGAUGCUAUCAAUCGCGCUCUGGAUCCAACCGUCUUGCGAGUUCCUGACGUUGAAGGAUGCAAAGAGGAACGGUGCGAACUUACUAGAACGCCGUAUGGGAGGCGCUUCAUAAGUCAGGAGUUGAAUAUCUACUUGGAAUUCUUGUUUGAACUCAUUGUUUCUCGAGCACCUGAAAUUGGGAUGAAUGUGUUGUUGAAUCGCUAUGACUUCUUCCAUGGCCACCUUUUCCUCGCAACUGGCACGGGAAGGCUUGGGAUUCUGUUCCAUGCCAAAGAAUACCCUGCAUAUGACAAAACAGCAUUUCCAUACAACAUGGGAUAUUGCCAAAAGGGAUCCAAUGUGACUUACGAUGAGUCCAUGAAUACGCGGAACAUUCUCUGGCUGGCUCCAUUGCCAGGCGAUUCCGGAAAAGCUUGGGUGGCACCAGGCGUCCUGGUAGUGCUGGAUGCUCAUCCUGGGGGAAUCAUAUACAGAGAUCUCAUACCCAGUUACGUAAAAUUUGUGAGGACCAUAUAUGAAGAUGAUUUUGGGGACGUUGCAGUAGAUGUGAACUACUUGAACGUUGGAGGCGCAGUUGCGGAUUAUCAGAUCUAUGUAUGCUGAAGUUUCGACUUUUGAGAAGUUGAUUGUUCCUGACCUCCCAGCAUCGAAAAGAUGUAAACAAGAAUGAGUUUCGGUCUCACAGUUGCCCUGAGAAAUGAUCAGUUCAGUGAAAAGUUUGCCCCAUCUAUGGAGGUUCAUUAUGGCGUGAAGAAAUUCGGGAUGCUGCUGCUUCUCCUCUCAUAAUUGCAGCUUCUCUCGCAGCAGGUAUAUAUACUUUCGAUUCAAUCGAUUAAUUUCAAAGCUUUAAUUUGUUGCUAAUUAGCUGUUAUUUUGGGAUUGAAGCCGGCGUCGGGUACGUGAUUGGGCAGGAGUCGGAGUUGGGUGGUGGUGGUGGUGGGGAGUGUUGCUACGGUGGUUGGAUUUCACGGUGGAGGUUGGGUCGGGUAGGGUAUUAGAUUUUUUAUUUUUUUAUUUUUUAAUGAAUGUAACAAUGAGGUGGAAAAUAUAGAAAUUUAUUUUUUUAUUUUUAAUAAUUUUUUAGUUGCCACGUCACUAAGUUAACAGUCAACUUUGAGAGUUGACUGCCACAUCAGCCAAAGUUAACGGAGGUGGACGGAGAGUGACCAAACGUGAACAGUUUGAGUAAAUUGAAGUACCACCAAUAGAUUUAAAUAUUUCGAGUGACCAAACUUGAACGUUUUUUGUAAUCUCAGUGACCAACCAUGCAAUUAACC